GUGCCAGCACUGAAGAGGAAGGGUUGGGAGGAGAGGAGGGCGCUGCAGAAGAAGCAAAAGGUGGUGGAGGAAGAGGGGAGUGGGGUGCCUGAGUUCGUACCUCAGCCUCCUCUUGUUGAGCUGGAUCCCAAGCUCAGACAGUUGGAGGAGGGGGCUGAGGUACGGGCUCCUGGUAAGGGGAAGGGCCCUAUUUCCCUUGCGGUGCCUCAGAGCAGCCUGUUCGAGGCAAAGAACAUGAUGGGGGCUAGGUGGUUCAUCAACAGCACCUUCCCCGAGGUGGACAAGCGCCAUGCGCAAGAGGAAGCUCUGAGGUACGGGGGAGCAUCUGUUGUGAAGCACGUCCUUGAGGUGAAUGGUCUAGCCCAGGAGUUCAGGGAUGGUGUCAAGGAGCGUACACUCUUGCAGAGGCAGUGUGACCAGCUGCAGAAGGAGAAGGAAGAACUGGAGAAGAAAAACAAAGAUCUGCAAGAGUCGCUGGACGAGGUGGUUCCAACUGUGAAGCAGUUGGAGCAGGAGAGGUCGUCCUUGGGCACCAAGCUCGGCUUUGAAGAGACGAAGCGAAAGAUCUCUGAAAGCGAGCGUGAGGCUCUGGCACAAGAAUUAAAGCUGACAAAGGAGGCCUUCUUGGAGCUGAAGGGGAAUGUGCAGACCUUGGUGCACAAUGGGAUGAAGGAGCACAUCAGCAACUUCAUCAGCUCCAGCUCGUUUGACAACAUCGUCAACCUAUACCGGCUGCCUACUGCCAUCAUCGCAUUUACGGACUGCAAGAAGAAGGUGAAGGCAGAAUAUCCCAAAGUGGAUAUUACGAAGAUCACCUUUGGAGAGCAAGAAGAAGGAGUGGAGGAAGAUGGGGAGAGCAUGUCAGCAGACUUCCGUCCUCAAAUUAAAUUGAGGUGGGAGGAUGAUGCAAACGGACGUGCUGUUUUCCCUCCACAGUUCGACUUCGAGUUCGUGGCAGUGGAGGAAGAAGGGGCAGAGGUAGAAGUGGACGAUGUGAAGGCAAGAGUGGAGGGAGCUGAAGUGGAUGAGAAUCAACCAAUUCCAGAAGUGGAGAUUCAUUCAAUUCCCUCUGACGAUGAAUAGCCUCUUCUGCCAGACGAGCAGCAGUCAGCACAGCCACCUCUUCCAGCUGAAGAAGAGCCAAUGGAGCCACCUCUUCCAGCAGAGAAUUAAUUUUGUUUGUUUUUUGAUUUUUUGUAAAGACAUGUGAUCAGUUUGUAGUAUUUACAUUUUCUUAAUGAAAGUUCUUUUUUGAA